CUUGCGCUCCUUCCUUCUUCAUUUUAACAUCAUUAACAAGAUUUUGAUGUUCUUUGUUUCUUGUUACCGUGGUAUUUGGUUCACUGUCAACCAGAACUGGCUUGCACUCCACAAAUAGCCUUGAUUACCAGCCAAGACCACCCAAUUUCCGACCGACCUUUUGAUCUUUGGCCCUUUUUUUCAGCCCUCCCAUCCCCACCAACCAUCGUUCACGCGCUCUUCCUAUUUUUUUUUUUUAACCUACUCUCACCUUGGUCGCACCCUGCAGAACCGUCCCAUACUACUACGACGCCACACGAAGCUACGACUCGCAAACAAUUCCAUACCUUCAGAUACCCAAAGUGCCUUACUCAGUCUCUCCUGCGCGACGACAAUAAUAAGCUUUUUUCAAUUUCGUCACGAUCCCGGCUUCGACAAUUCAUGCAAAACUUGUCGCUGUUGCUUUGAGUCCCAAAAAGUAGAGACGAUCAAACAUCGGCUCUGAUCCCUGCUCCCAAAGGCAAGCAAGCACAGCUUGCAUAUAAUACGACAGCAUUUCAAAUACCCCGUUCCGUUUCGAGCGCUAUUCUCGAUCAAAUCCUACACAAUUAUUCCACAAAAGAGAAAACGCACUUUACCAUCGCCAACCGCGAUGGAAGUACCAGAACAACCGACACGGGCCAAUCCCGCGCCCCCCAAGAUGGACAGGUCCGACUCUUCGUCUGGCGAUGACAACGCCUCUCCGCCAGUGCCCGCCCCCAGUUUCAACCGACCCCGACUACCGAGCAGGAAGAGCAGUGGCACUAUAAUCGUCCCUCGCGACUCAAUAGAGGCGAGGGAGCCUCACCACGUUCAGUACGAGAUGGACGACGGUGCCAUGAGCCCCAGGAGGACGACAGAGGACAUUGAGGCGCUUGGAAAACAGGCCAGGGACGAACUCAGAAUGCACGCCAAGGCACUUCAAGAUUCCCUGCUCAUGAUCUUCAACCGAAUAGAGGCUGUCAAGGAGGAACACGACAAACUCGACAGCAACAACAAGUUCUUACAAAAGUACAUCGGCGACUUGAUGAGUACGAGCAAGAUCACCUCUACCGGCGGCCGCGGCAAGAAAUGAACGCGCCCUCCCUUGCAGGCCGAGCCGGGAGUUGCAUGCUAUCUGGACGGAGUCCUCAAGUUACAACAUUCCGGGCCAAGGUCUAUUUUGGCGGACGGGAGACGGCACCAAAAUGCGCAGUUCGUGUGAUUCCGAAGACCGACAGCGCACGGCUGGGAAAAAAUUCUUCCCAGGAUGGAUGGAUGGAUGAAUCGACACCGCGACUAUUUUUUUCUUCCUUCGGAAUUGCGUCAUGUCAGCACCGUGGCACAGUCUGACGGGGCCCGUACGACAACCUUCGACAGUUUCAAUAUUGACAUAAGCCAGUGUCAGCAUUGAGCGCCUUGCGUCAGCUUUGAGAUCGGGUUGUCAUGCGCUUGAUUCAGUCGCACAGUCGCGGCUAGGACACCAACCAUUAACGCGGCCACAGUAUACUUUUUUUUUCCUCAAAUGGAUGAGGCAAGGACUCCAGUCUUGAUGGUUGCCAAUCCAUGUUGACGUGAAGUGGAUGCCACUGAGGCCAUGGGGUAUUAGCCUCGGCAUUCUUUCCACUAGCGACAACAAGUCAACCAACAGGAUACUACACCAGUCACCGUUUAUUGACGCUGACAGGACUAUUAAAGAAAAAGAAGAAAAAACAGGGGUUGAGUGAUCAGAUUUUGAAAUUCUUGGGAUAUAUUCACUACCCUCUUCGGGGUGCAAGCACACCGUCCAGGUUGCUUAGCGACGUUGGUCUACCUUUUUAUUUGCUCUACUUCUAACUUGUUAUAUGAGACAGCGCGCUCCAAUGCGUCGAUUUUGUUCUAUUUCCUUCACACAGGCAACAUCUUGUACGGGCGUUUUUGGGAUCUUGGGCUAUUAGCAUGGCAAGGGUCAUUGUUUUGGGCGUUAAUUCGGCAUGGCAACUAUUCGUCAUGGUUUAUGUUAUAUUAUCCUUGAGGACAUUUGCUAAUGUGUCAAGUCAUGAGGACAAUACCAAAUCACAUCACAUGUAUA